AUGGAAAAUCUGGGAGAUACAACCGCUACAUCUAUUUUGGACUCGUCGGUAGCUCCAGCCGAGCCGUCAGAUCGCUGGUACUCUGGUGGUACUCUUUAUGAAACUGCCGAGGACAUGUCAGCUGAUGCUACAGCGAUUUCGGAGGUUGCUGCGCCCGACAAUAGCCAUAUGUCAGUCGAUAAACAAAAUUCAACAGUAGUUGAGGGCUCAGCAACUGAAAACAGCAAGAAAAGAACCCGUCCAAAGUCUUCACCAGAUCGUCAAUACUCAGCCGGCGCCGAUCCGAAUGCGACUUUAACCGAAGUUGGAGCAGCUCAUCUCCCGAAACAUACAAAACGAGCACACCGUGAAACGAGGCCCGUCGAACCUCUAAACAUCGGCACAAACUCGGGUCAGUCAUACGACUAA